GUCUCUGGCUCUGGCUGAACGCAAGAUGACAAGCAACGUUCAUCUCGGUGCUGCGUUGCCCAACUCGACUGAGAGAAUCACCGUCGAGACACGAUAUGGAUCCGUGAUAGGGGCGAGAGCUGCUAACGAUGCGGCAGUUUGGCUAGAAAUCCCCUAUGCUUUACCUGCGAAACGGUUCGAGGAUCCAGAAGCACUUCCAGCCGACUUUCGAUAUGAAAACUGCGAAUACGUAUACGAGUCGCAUUAUGCUGCCCAACCUCAUAAUGACGGACAAGCAGCCAACACUCCUUUCCAGGACAAAGUAGGCCUUGGGAAACCUACUGAGAACCCCCUGUUCUUGAACAUUGUUUCUCCUCCGUCCUUCCCGGCGAAGAAGGACUUUCCUGUCAAGGUGUAUAUUCACGGAGGUUUCCUUCAAUUCGGCUCGCCGCACGGACUGGGCAGUCAGGCCCAAUACAUCUCCGCGGAACGUUCAGAGGUCUGGGUGAACAUUGGCUAUAGACUCUCUGUGUUCGGAUUCUCCGCAUGUGACAAUCCUUCGAUCACGGGUAACUUCGGCUUCAAAGAUCAGUGGAUGGCAUUGGAAUGGGUGAAAGCCAAUAUCGCGAACUUCGGUGGCGACGCGAAUGACAUUCAGGUCUCAGGAUUAUCCGCCGGCGCACACUCCGUACAUCAGUUACUACAUCAUGCAUCCCGACUUCCGGCAGGUAUCCAAGCACCUUUCCAGAGCGCCAUCAUCCAGUCGAAUAGCAUCGUCAACACCCCUAAAGCACAGUCUCAACUACGACCUCAGUACGACGCACUCUGCCAUGCUCUGAAGCUUGAGCCUUCCUCCCCGUCAUCCAUCGUGACACUCAAGGAUCCAUCACAAACGCCCGCUGAGUCUAUCACCAAAGCCAUCGAUGACGAGGUGCUUGGCCCACAUGGCACUUUUCGCGGUACUCUCGAUGGAGUCUUCUUACCCUUCUCCGACUCGAACGGUGAUCCCACAGACCCGAUGCACUGGCAGCGCUCAGGUUUGUUGGCAAAAGGACUUCUAGCGCAUGGUGUCCGCUGUGUGAUAGUUGGAGACCUUGCCGAGGAAUGGUACCUCUACUCCAUUGCUCAUCCUAUCCGCAAGCCGUCCGACAUCAAGGACAACCUUCUCAGAUACUACCCAGAGGACAUCGUGACUAAGAUGUCAAAGAUAUAUAGGGUUCCCAAGGAGGAUGAAAGCGAGGAAGAGUUAAUGAAGCUGUUCGGAGAGAUGCUGAGCGAGGGACAAGUGCAUCUUCCCGUCAGAUUAUUGGCGAGGGAUCUGAAGCAGGCUGGAUUCCCAGUCUGUAGGUAUGAAAUUCGAUGGACGCCAGAGCAGCUCCGACCGAAGGGCUAUGUCACCCAUGGUUCCGACCGUUCUCUGUGGGCUUUCCGUCUGCCAGUGCUUACGGCGCCCCAAGUCGAUGUGGCGAGGGCGUGGUUAAGUGCGAUUGACGGAGAGGUCAGGAAGAUGAUGAGCCAAGGAUCUGAAUACAAUCUUGGUGAUUGCGGCGGGGUCAAAACAGUCUUAGCAUUGAAAGAGAAUAUGAGCAUCGGGUGGGCGGCGGAUGAGCGUUGGGAAGAUAUUAUGAGAUUAACGACCAUCCUACCUGGCGAGGAGUAAUAGAUCAUUUUUUACCCGAAGAAACAACCUGAG